AUGACUGAACUUACCAGUGAUACGUCUGUGCUUUCUCCAACCCCUUCUCAAAAGGCCGGGGGUACUCUCGAUAUUAUUCGGCAGGCAAUCGACGCUCACGACAACCAGUUACAGUUAAUUAAUGAACAGAUACACAAGAACCCCGAGCUUGCGUAUCAGGAAUUUCAGGCACAUGACAAUAUAACAACCCUGCUUGAAGACCUUCGGUUCGUGGUAAAGAGGCAUGCAUAUGGUCUCGAGACUUCUUUUGUAGCAGAAUAUGGAAGCGGGGGGCGGGUUGUGGCCUUCAACGCCGAAUAUGAUGCCCUCCCGGGAAUUGGCCAUGCAUGUGGUCAUAACCUUAUUGCGACCUCCUCGAUAGGCGCCUUCCUCGGUGUGGUCGCCGCGCUAAAGGCAUCUAUGCUUGCUGGUAGAGUUCGGCUGAUUGGCACACCGGCGGAGGAAGACGGUGGUGGUAAGAUCAAGCUCAUCAAUGCUGGAGCAUACGAGGACGUGGAUGCGUGUCUUAUGGUUCACCCUGCUGCACAUAAACGGUUCCCAGAGGGUGUCACAGGUGUUUCAUAUGUCAAGUCUAAUGCAAUUGUCAAAUUCAGUGCCCGCUUUACUGGCCAACCAGCUCACGCGGCAGGAGCACCGUGGCAAGGUGUCAAUGCGCUUGAUGCGGUCUGUUUAUCAUACAAUGGUGUUUCAAUGCUAAGGCAACAAAUACAACCCCAUGAGAGAAUUCAUGGCGUGAUUGUCGAGGGUGGAGUGAAGGCUAAUGUUAUCCCGGCCAGUGGAACUGUGGACUACUUUUGUCGAAGCACCAGUUUGGAAGAAGCCGAAGCUCUGAAGGCGAGAGUUAUAAAAUGCUUUGAUGGGGCUGCCAUCGCAACAGGCUGUUCGGUUGAAUAUGAAACUCGCGAGGCGUACGCGGAUCUCAGACCAAACAAGACUCUUUGUGAGAAAUACGUUGAUGCGAUGGAGACUCUUGGCUUCCCAGUUGCAAGCUCUGGAGCCACGCAGCCCGGUUCAACUGACAUGGGCAACGUAACGUACGUCUGUCCUGGGUUCCAUGGCGGGUUCGCUGUUCCGGCCGACCCAGGUGCAUUCAACCACACUCCUAGCUUCACCAAGGCAGCCGGAACAAGUAAGGCUUAUGAACUCGCCAUAAGAACUGCGAAGGGGAUGGCUCUUGUGGGGUGGGAUGUCCUGUACGAUGAUAGUGUAGCGGAUAGAAUCAGAAAUGACUUUGAGGAGGAUAAGAAGAGUCGGAAGGCGUCUCGUCAUAUUGGUUAA